AUGUAUGUGGACUUCCACAAAUCCGACCUUCUUGAUGCUGAUUCAGAUGCUGAUGUUGUACCUGAGAAAUCGGUCUUGCAGUCGCAGCCAAUAAUAUCUUCCCCGUUCAAGUCAGCGCAUUGUGUAACAGCGUUAGUGGUACUGUUAGUCCAUGGGUCGCCCUUGAUUCCAGCAACGACACCGGCCCCAACUCUCAAUAUCAUGAUUUCCGUGCCUGGACUAAUGAUUCCCACCCUGACUGGUACUUUGAAAGAAAUCGGUAACUUCACAAGCUCGGGCAAGUCGAUAGGUAUUUACAACAACCUCAUCUACGACUUGACUUUGUACGCCAAUAACGGUCCCGCAAUACACCCUCCUAAUGGCGAACAAGCACCUGAGCAACUGGAUAACCUCAACAUCGAUAGCGCCAUUUUAGAAUGUCAAAGUCUGUUUGCGCAACUUGUUUUUGAUGGGCAUGGUGGACCACCGUGA